CUCCUUCACCGUGGGCGUCUACAGGCCCGCCAGGACAUCCAAGCACAGCGGAAGUCUUUCCCGCCCCCGUCAUCCUGUCUCUUUCAAUCUGCCAAUACAUGACCGGGAGGGUGGCCUUUCAAUCGCCCCGAGUUGAUUGACUGCAUCAGCUCGCUCUGGUCCGGUAUUUGUGACCAGCAUCGCUAUGGCAGCGCUGUAUCUUCAUCAAGCUCUGUUUGCUCCAGAGCCGGCCGUGCCGCCUCUUCUAGCCUCCGCCCCCCUCAGCGCGCGCUCCUCUUACGACCCACGUUUGUCUUCAAUUUCUACGGCCACCCUCCACACCGCGUCCCACUCUGACCGCUCACAUCCCACCUCGCCUCUCCUGCACGCACAAGAUGUUGACUCGCCUGCGUACUUGGACCUGCUCGCGCGACAGCCACGACAUCCGAGCCUGCCCAGCAGUCCUGCGGAGACUGCGUUGCAAUUAGACGGUGAUCCGGCUACGCCCAUCGAGCGCAGGAGCCGCUGGGAGCGGAGAAUCCGCAGGAAAUUGCGGAGACUGAGAUGGACGAAGCGAAUACUACUAACGAUUAUUGCUGGAUGGGCUACGUACAACACCGUUCGUUACUUCCUUGCAUUCGCCACGUACAAAUAUCGCAAGAGACAAAUAAUCACGCUCGCCCUCGGUUCGAGCACUGCACUGUCGCUCACUCUGCUUAUCCUCUCCCUCGUGAUCUCCGUGUUCGCUCCUCGACUUGGCCGGAUAUAUCGUAUCGACGCGCCACACGUCGUCUUGCAGACCGUGCUCAACUACGCCUCCUCGACCUUGCUGCUCGCACCCGCCAUCGUAAACCUCGUCCUCACCUCCCUUUGGCGACAUUCUGCCAACAGCAACUACACGCUCGUGGGCCGUUGCCAUUGGGACAUUGACGUGGUGUGGUCCGGCCUCGGCAAACGAUGUGCGUCCUCGCCCGCCUGGCAAUACUGGGUCGCUGGCGCAGCGGUGCGCGUCGCGCUUACGGCCGCGUUCGUGGCUGCGUACCAUCUGGCUUCCUACCAAUAUGACGUCACCCGGCAACCUUCGCGUCGCAGGCGGCAUUCGCGUUCGCAGUCGGGCGCAUCCCAGCCUUUCAUCGCGAGCGCGUCCGCGUCGGCUGGGGAUCUGCGCCCACCGGUGAUGUCGAGUGUCUCCUCGCCGUUGUCGCCGGCGUUGAUGGAGCACGUUGGUCGGCAGCCGUCGAUGAGCACCUCGGAGGGCCAUAUGACGGCGGAGAGCUUCUCCAGUGCCGCAGAACACCGUCCCUUGCGCAGCUCAAAGGCGCGAGUUGCGUCUCAGAAUUUUCUGAAUAGCAAGGCGAGGGAGGUGUAUCAGCUGCCUUCGGCUCGAGAAGAGAAGGAGCCUGGUUCAGCCGCGGUGAGCUCCGUGGAGGGUGAUCAUGAUGACGCGACGUCAUCGUCUGAAGGCUGCUAUUCACUACCGGAUGAGUUCGACCGGUAUGGCCAGCAAGUCCGAAGACUCCCAGGAGCUUACAGCCACUCCUCGCCUUCCACUGCUCUGGACAUGCAAGACGAUGACCAUGUACCCCCUGCGACGUUUCCCGACCAUGACCUCACUGCCUUCGCCGACCGUUUCCGCAACCUGGUCGAUGUGUUAUCACGCGAGACUGAAGAAGGUAUGGCCCUCACGCAGCACGACCGGCCACGCUAUUACCCCGCAUACCUACCCUCCCUGGACUCCACCUCCAGCGCACAGUUUCCUUGCGAUCUUGACGACGACUACGUACCCGUCUUUGGCCGCACGGUGCAUCGGAUGCCGACGAUCGAGUCGCUCGGCUCACGCGAACUCAUGAGUCUCGCGGGCUCGAGCAUGCAUCGCGCGUCGCCGGGACCGCACCAUAUUUCGCGCCCGUCGACCCGGUCGAAUAACCUGAGUAUGAGCGAGAAUGGGACGAGCACGCCGUCGACGCGGAGUCGCGCGAACAGCCUUGAUGCUGCGCUGGCGCUCGCGUAUCCUCCUGAGGAUGUACAGGAGGACGGUGCCGAGCAGCGGAGAGAUGGGGAGGAGAUGCGUUUGAAUUCGAGAGGAUCGGGGAGCGGGAGCUCUGCGUCGUAUAGAAGCGGUAGAAGUCAAUGACGGGUACUGUUGUGAAGCUUCGAUCGCGACGCACCACAGGCUUCUCCUGUGUGCGUGCGUCUCUCGCGCUCUCUUCGUCAGCUGGGGUACCUGAUUGGCAAAUGGAGGAGCUGGGUUGGGCCGUUCAGCCUGGAUGCUGGCCUUGCGGCAAACGGUUGGUAACUUAUUUAUGUGUCAA